AUGGCGAGCGAAAAAGAGACCGCCGUCGCAAUAGCUCCCCAGACGUCCACCGUCAAGUUGGCCGAUCCAAGCGAAGACACGUACACGGAACGCGUGUGCAAGACCUUUGCCAUGCUCGACUUCCGCACGGCCUUCACGUCCACACAGGAGCUGCUCGACGCGCAGCAGCUGCUCGUGGCCCAUCGCCGCGGCGAGUGGAUUGAUCCAGUCGCGCUUCAGCACGCGUCCAACGUGACACGCGCUCUGUUGCACCCGGACACGGGUCAGCUCGUCGUGAUGCCGCUGCGCGCGUCGAUGAUUGUACCCAUGAACGUGGUCAUGGACGGUGCCAUGCUGCUGGCCAAGAGCGUCCAGACCACAGUCGUGGCGCAAUGGCUCAACCAGACGUACAACGCGCUGCACUAUUACGCCAACCGCAACGCCUCCAACCAAGACACAGCCCAGCAGCGGCUCGUGGCCUACGUAGGCGCUACAGCCAGUUCAGUCGGGGCAUCGCUUGGCAUUCGACGCUUGGCAAAUCGAUGCACGAACGCCAAGUGGACGCCUGUUCUUGCUCGCAUGGGACCGUUUGCUGCCGUUGCUGCUGCCGACUUGCUCAACAUAGCAGUCAUGCGGCAAAACGAGUACCGUCGGGGAGUCUUUGUGCAUGACGAGAGCGGAGACGUUGUCGGCAAGUCCAAGAUGUGUGGCGCACUGGCAGUCGCUUCGUGUGCGACAGCGAGAAUCUUUGCCGCUGCACCGAUCCUGCUGCUCCCACCACUGGUUAUCUCGAUGAUCGAAAAGCACAGCACAGUCUUCACGCGUCCUCAGACGCGGUGGCUGCGCGUGCCUACGCUGCUUGGCCUUGUCGGCUGCGCAAUCCAGUUUUCCGUGCCACUGACGUUCGGGCUGUUCCGACAGACUGCGCGACUGGACUCCAAGUACCUCGAACCAGAGCUGCAGCAAGCGUUGUGCAAACGAGAUGGCCAACCCGUGCGUGUUGUCACAUACAACAAGGGUCUCUGA